AUGGAAAAAAUAGCAUUAAUACAAAAUCCCUUAGAUUAUAUUCGUUUAAAUAUGGAGGAAGAAAUAUUUUUAAAAUGUAAAGGAGAUAGAGAACUCAUUGGAAAAUUAGAUGCUUAUGAUAAUCACUUAAAUAUGAUUUUAUCGAAUGUCCGUGAGACUUAUAAAUAUAGCGUUAAAGAAAAUGAAGAAGAAACUGUUAAGAAAAUGGAAAGAAGUUUAGACAUGGUUUUUGUUAGAGGAGAUUCUAUCAUAUUAGUAUCAUCUGCUAUGAAAUAA